CCGCCUGUUCUCCCUCGAGUCUCCGACUAGGGAUGAGCGCACCGUGGACUACAGCUCCCAGGAUCCCAAGCGCCAUCUUCUUGGGCGGCCCGGAAGGCGAACUGGGCGUCAGGGGCUAGCAAGUUGGAGCUGUUGAGGAAUCGGGCUGAGCUGGUACCUGCGACUUUGGGUGGUACAGGUCCUGACUUAUGCGCCUCCUGGGGAACAGCGCGUAACGGGAUUUGAGGGGCUGAGAGGACCACAGCCUGCGCUCCGGGCCAGACAGCUUGCUUGACCUGCGGGGCGUGAUACAUUGAGGGCCGCAGUCUCGGAACGGACUGGGGAUUCUGGGAAGGACUGUGGCAUAGGGCCGGUCUUGAAAAUUUUAAAAUAACUGGCAUGUACUUGGCUGAGUAGAUGGGAUGACGCGUCUUUACCCUGGGGCCCUAGGGACUUUACUAACUGCUGCUAGAAAAUUCCCGCCGUGUGGGAAGCUGGGCAUGAUGGAUAGGAAAUGGCACAAGUUCCUCGAUGUGUUAUGAGCCAAAACGAAUUUGGACUCGUAGGUCUUCAAAGUUGGCGUUGCAGAGAAAGAGAAACACAAGCACUCCUAGUGGCCUCUGUCUGGAACCCCAGAAAAGUGUUUCAUUCUAAUAACCAAACAGGCCAACACCUUGGAGAGAGAUGACUGCCUCUGGCUCCAUUCUUCCCAGGCUCGCUGAAGGGAAGAUGAGCCCGCGGCGGUCAAGAUUCAUGUGACCUGGACAAUGCUGUGAAAGAGCUGCCUGUAGCCCCCAGAGCCCUAAGAUGGCACCAAAAAUCAAGAAGGGUUUGAAAGGAUGCAUUGAUGAUGUCUUUGGUGACCUCCUGGGGGAUGACACUACAAGCCCUGAGAAGCCUGUUGAACCAGCUCCUUACAACAGAGAUGCCAGGGAUGUACCUCAGAAGCUCCCUUCUUCAAAGGCUAGAGGAAGGUCCUUCUGGGAAGAUGAAAUCUUUGACACCUCAGGAGGCCUGGCAGGUGCUGAUACAGAGGCUUCUGACAUCUCAGAUGCAAACCCGCAGGCCUUGCUACAGGCCAUAAAGGAUCUGGACGACAUGGAUGCCGAUCUCCUGGGUCUGAAGAAGUCUCCAGCCUCUGACAGAAGGGUAGCAAAGGGUUCUGGGAGAGAAGAGCUGCCUCUCCAUCCUGAACCUGCUGGCAAGUUAACAGCCAGUGAGAAAGGGGACACCAGUCCCACCAGAAAGCCACCUCCCUCUCCCCACAGUUUUGAGCAUCAGUACAGGAGGUUUUCUUCUGAAGACUUGGAAGAGCCAUUGGCAGGACUACUCUCUGAUGAUGAAGAAGGAAUUGCCAGGAAACUGCCAGUGACAGAAAGUAAAACCACUUGCAACAAGACACCCAGCACAGUCAGAGGUCCAGGGCCCUCUAUUCCUCUCACUCCUGGGGACACCCCCAUCCGAAAGAAAGAAUUACUGUUUGAUGAUGGGGAUGACAUCAUGGCCACCCUCAGGUUUGGAGACAGCCCCACGGCAGAGCGGAGGCAGAUGGGUGACCAGGAAGGGCCCCGGCUUGCUCGCUCCAAGCUUGAUGAGCUGCUGGGUCGAGGCACAGCCACCAAACUCCUGGCUCGCCCAGGAACUGGAGAACACAGGGAGUUCAAGCUAGAUAAGAAGUUCCAGAGGUCACAGGACAAAGAAGAUCCCUGGGAUGAUGAAAUCCUCACCUUUGGGGCAUACCAGCCCACCUUGGGGUCCUCCGAGGGCCGGCAGGCCCGUCGACAGUCUGUCAGAUUCUUAGCAGAAGGUGGCCCAGACCCCAAGGGAGAACCAGGCUCCAAAUGGAGCCCUCCAAUGGCUGCCAGCCCCAUCCACCCCAGAAAGGGAGGAGCUGACUGGUUGGGCCUCAAGGAUGAAGACUUAGACCUGCUCCCUCCCUCUCCAACCCACGAGCCACAAGGAGGAGGCCCAGCGAUCUCUACAUCCUCCAUCCCUCCUUCCGUGAGCCAGCACUCGGCCCCAAGCCUGCAUUCUACCCCUGCUGGGCUGCCUUCCUCGGGUGCGAAGCUACCAGCUGAGGGUGCCAUGUCCCCUGCCAAAUCCAGCCAAGCUGCUCAGCUGAGAGCAUCCAGGGAGAAAGAGGAGGAGGGGGACUGGCUGAGCCAUGUCUUGUCUCAGAAGAAGUCCCAAGGUCUGGCCAGAGAGGAGCACACUGGGGCCUAUAAGACCCUGAACCUGGCAGGCUCUGCCCCUUCUGGCAGCCAGCCCGUUGCCAGGCUUCAGGGGCUUGAGCAGGCAGCUGCUGGAAGGACCUCAGGAGGAGCAAGAGCACAAGAAGCACUGGCUGCCGGGCCUGACGCUGCGGGGCCUGACGCUGUGGGGUUCCCCAUGAGUUGCAGCCAGGCUGCUUUGGCCCUCUCUGCAGACGACCUAAAGAGGAGAACGGCCGCUGGGGACCCUUCCCACCCUGAGCCUACAACUUGUUUCUUGAGCUCCCAGGAGCCCACAGGACUCCCUGUGCCUGUCCAGUCCCUGGUCUCACAGUCGCUGGUGCAAAAUCCGCUGCCAGGCACAGGAUACCAGAAGCCGCUCCUAGCAUCCCAGGCACAACUUCAGAGCAGUGCUGCCCAACUCCAGGCUGAGCUGCUGCAGUGCCAGGCCCAGCUGGCAGAACUGGAGGCCCAGGUGCGGAAGUUGGAGCUGGAGCGGACACAGCACAGGCUGUUGCUGGAGAGUCUGCAGCAGCGGCACCAGGCAGACCUGGAGCUCAUCGAGAGUGCGCACAGGCAGGAGACCCUUCAGAGGUGUCCCUUCAGCAGGAGUCGCAUCAAGGUGCUAGAGACCUCGUACCAGCAGCGGGAGGAGCGGCUCCGGAGAGAGAAUGAGGAGCUGUCAGCCCAGUAUCUGUCACACUGCCAGGAGGCUGAGCAGGCCCGGGCUGAGCUCACAGCUCAGCACCAGCGGCGCUUGGCAGUGGCUGAACAAGAAAAAGACCAGGAGAUGGAGCGGCUCCGGGAGCUGCAGCGGGCAUCCAUCCUGGAGAUGCGCAAGGACCACGAGGAGCAGCUGCAGCGGCUGAAGCUGCUGAAGGACCGAGAGAUCGAUGCCGUCACCAGUGCCACCUCCCACACGCGGUCCCUUAACGGCAUCAUCGAGCAGAUGGAGAAGUUCUCCAGCAGCCUCAACGAGCUGGCCUCCCGUGUGGAAGCCUCGCGCCUCACCACCUCGCAGGAGCGGGAGCUGGGCGUCCGGCAGUGGGAUGGGCAGCUGCGAGUCCUGCAGGAGCGGCUGGGCCAGCAGCAGCGGGACAUGGAGGAGGAGCGCGGCCGGCUCCAGGAGGUCAUCGGGAAGAUGGAGGCGCGCCUGAGCGAGCAGAGCCGGCUCCUGGAGCAGGAACGCUGGCGAGUGACCGCCGAGCAGUCCAAGGCGGAGUCCAUGCAGCGCGCCCUGGAGGAGCAGAGGAGGGUGAUGCUCCAGCAGAUCGCCAUGGAGAGGGGAGAGCUGGAAAGGGCCAAGAGCGCCUUGCUGGAAGAACAGAAGUCCGUCAUGCAGAAGUGUGGGGAGGAGCGGCGGCGCCUGGCCAUGGAGUGGGCAGAGUUCUCCACACAGCAGAAGCUGAGCAAAGAGCGGGCCGAGCGUGAGGCGGAGCGGGCACUGCAGGUGGACACCCAGCGGGAGGGCACCAUCAUCAGCCUGGCCAAGGAGCAGGCAGAACUGAAGGUCAGGGCCAGCGAGUUCCGGGCCAAGGAGGAGCAGCUGGCCACCGAGAGGGACGCUGUGGAGCGGGAGCGGCAGGAGCUGCGGCUGGAGAAGCAGAAGGUCGAGGCCACCGCACGGAGCCUACAGCUCCAAGCCAAGGAGGUGGAGCACAUGAGCAAGGUGGCCUCCAAGAAGUAUGAGGAAGGCGAGCAGGCGCUGUGCAAGGCCCGGCAGGUGCAGUCGGAGCAGCAGGCCAGGCUGCAGGGGGUGCAGCGGCAGCAGGAGUGGCUUCGGCAGCAGGAAAAGCACAUGUACCAGGAGAACCUGAGCCUGGCCCAGCAGAGGCUACAGCUCGACCACGUGCGACAGGACUUGCCUUGCUGCCACCCAGAGCUUCCGCCCAGGGCCCGGGGCCCCGCACCCUCCAGCCUUCAUGCUGCCUCCGCCUUUGUGGUGCCUAUUCCCACCUCCCAUCAGCACAGCCAGCUGCUGACUGGCCCUGACCCCGCGCAGUUUCUCACCGAGCUGGUGCUGCUGAAGCACUCAGCUGAGCAGGACCGGGACUUCUUGGAGAAUGAAGCUUUCUUCCUAAAGGCCCUGAAGAAAGCACCCUACAAUCUGCCAUUCCACUCAGCCUGAGAGGGGUGGCUGCGCCCACACUGGAGCACCGAGACCCAGCAGCUCUCCUGCCACCCACAAGCCAUCAGCUCCUCGGGGAGGGGCACAGGAAAGCAGGGUCUCUUCCUGGAAGCGGUGCCAGCAUUUCCUCUUCAGGAGCUGCAGCUCACUUCUCUGGGGCUCCCAAGUGGAACAGGAGGCUGAGGGAGUCACGACCACUAAGGCCAACUCAGAUGCAGGGCUGCCUGGGGGUCCAAGGAGGCGGGGGCCUCCCCCAGCCCCAACCAGGUCCCGAGCACCCUCCCCUCUUCUGUGCACAGCUGCAGGGGGUCUUUGUGCCUGGGCCUCUUCCGAGUCCAGGGGUGCCCUGGAGAUUUCCACCCCUUCCCAGCAGGGACACAGAAGGGCCUUCUGGCCUCCUGGGAGGCCAUGUGGAUGGGAGGGUGCUGUGCCCAGAUUCUUCCUCACAGUGUGAUGGGCUCCUGGAUCCAGCGGCUCCUGAACCCCCUGUUCUCUCUGACGGGCCUGCACAAAGUCCACCCCUCAGCUCCCUACUGACUGCCUGGCUCAGCGUGAACCUGGCAUCUUCAGCUGCUGCUUCCUCCUCAUCCGGGCCCCCAUGAGAGGUGGAAGCAGGGCUGUGGGCAGCGGCAGGUAUGUGGGGAGGGACAGAGAAGGAAGCCGGCCAGAGCCUGUGCCCCGGAGCAGAGGGAGGAAGGAAGUGUUGGGGACCUGUGGGGGCUGCACACACCCAGGCUGCUGUUGCUCACACGCCUUUGCAAUCAGUGGUGUUCCCAGUCCAGCCGAGGGGCAUCAGGAAAGGGGGCGGCGGCCAGUGAGCAGGAGGGCAGAGGAAGAAAGGGCCCUGUGGGUGGGUGGGCAGGAGUGGCGCCAUUUGUGUAUCUGCCUUUCAGAACAGCUUUCCGAGGGACCUAAUUUAUUUGCCAACAGUUUCCAGCUUUGGUCUCAGACACAUUAAACUGCUCUGUUCUUUUUCCAUUACUGUUUUUGGUUUUGUUUUGUCUUCGUGGUCCUGGAGACUGAGCCUCGGGCCUUGCAUGCCCAGGGUGAGUGCUCUGCCACUGAACCCCACCCAGCCGCUCACUGAAGAGUUUUGUGGACCACAUU